AUGCUGAAUGCUAACGAUCCAGCGAGCAACCUGACAGAUCGAAGUCACCGAGUGAACGAGGAGUUCGAGCUCGGUAGCUUUGGCAAUGCGAUAUAUCAGGCCUCUGUUGCGCGGUCGUCAACCUCGACUCCCGGCAGCAGUCCGCGCGAGGACAGAAGCAAUACUCGACCUGCUCCUCGAAAAUGGAUAGCUCUUCCAUCUUGUGACCAUUAUGUUCCCAUGAAAGCAGCGCGCGACCAUCUCGCGAACGAGCGUGCCUUCCUUGGCUAUAUCAGAACUGCUUCCGCACUCGCCAACUUUGCGGUCACCACCCUUCAGCUUUACAGAUUACAGCAUCAUCCUGUUUCGCGGGAUAAGCUGAGUGAUUAUGAUCUGGGCAUUCCAAUUGCUACGGUCACGCUCAUAAUCGCUAUUGCUGUCGCGAUUGCUGGAGUGUGGAGGUUCUUUGCCUGCCAAAAUGCCAUGGCAUUGAGGAAGCAAAUUGUUACCAGCGGGGUUGUGGUCCUCGUCUUCAUACCGGGCUUCAUACUGGUCAGUCCCCUCCAUGCCUGA